AUGUGCAUCCCGUUGGUUUUCCGUAACCUGGAAGGAGUUUUUUUCCAUUAUACGCUGUUGCCUCAUCUUAAGGUCAACGAGAGCGACGUAUAUCUCAAGGUUGGUUACACGUGGCUUAUUCUUAAAUACUUAUACGAUACGAACGUCACCUGCGGUCAAGACGAUCGAAAAUUACUCCUGGAUUCGGGUGCAGAUGACAAAGCGAACAGCGUUGUCUUUGUUAAUCCAACUUCGUCGUUCUGCGGCGAAGCGAGCUCUGCGUUGAACAACUUUAUUUUAUUUACAGCUGAUAAUCUAGUCGACGACGAAGUGGAUUAUCGCUCGGUUGGAAGUGGCGACGUUGAAAACAUUGGCAAGCUUCCGAAAGACUUGCAAAGUGUUUCGAAGAAUGGUCGGUAUUCUGCCAAAUUAGCACCUGAUCUUUUUGACGAGGCGGAACUCUGCAAAAUUCGCUUCAACCAGUUCGACAGCCAUCCGAAGUAG